AAUACCCCAGCAGGUAGAACUUAUCAUAUCCAGUGUACUGCCGGGUUGUGUACACUAAAGAGUGGUCUCGAUUUUUCCCUCAUUUUCGGUCGAAUUUUAACAAAAUGUCAGACAACGAGGACACAGUAGAACCCAUGGACGUCGGGGAGGAAAACUCCAAUGAAUCCUCUUCAGCUGAAACAACAUCCUCCAGCAAAACGGGUGGGGAAUAUGAAAACAAAAUGGAAGUGGAUAGGUCAAAGAGGUUCGAUUACCUUCUUAAACAGACUGAAAUUUUUUCACAUUUCAUGGCUGGAAAUCGAGACAAAACGCCAUCAUCCCCCCUCAAAUGCAAACCUGGUCGACCAAAGAAAUUGGAAAACAGGAAGCCUUCCAUAACUAGCGACAUCGUGGACAAGAAGAGUUUGGAAGCUGCAGAUCACCGCCAUCGCAUGACAGAGCAGGAGGAAGAUGAAGAGCUGUUAGCAGAGGCCACAAAGUCCUCGAGAAUCAUAAGGUUUGAGGAAAGUCCGAGCUACAUUGAGAAUGGUGAGAUGAGGGACUACCAAAUCCGAGGUCUUAACUGGAUGAUUGACCUGUAUGAAAAUGGCAUUAAUGGUAUCUUAGCCGAUGAGAUGGGUCUCGGAAAGACCCUGCAGACCAUAGCUCUUUUAGGUUACAUGAAGACUUACCGAAACAUCCCUGGACCCCACAUGGUCAUUGUACCCAAAUCCACAUUACGUAACUGGGAGAAUGAGUUCAAGAGGUGGUGCCCAUCUCUACGUGCUGUCUGUUUAAUUGGUGACCAGGAGACCAGAUCUACUUUCAUUCGUGAAGUCAUGAUGCCUGGGGAAUGGGAUGUUUGCAUCACCUCCUAUGAGAUGUGUAUCAGAGAGAAAUCAGUCUUCAAGAAAUUUAAUUGGAGGUACAUGGUAAUUGAUGAGGCUCAUCGUAUCAAGAAUGAAAAGAGCAAGCUCUCAGAAAUUGUCCGUGAAUUUCGUUCAACCAAUCGCCUGCUGCUGACUGGUACACCCCUGCAAAACAACCUCCAUGAACUGUGGUCACUGUUGAACUUCUUGCUCCCAGAAGUCUUCAGCUCUUCUGAGGAUUUCGAUGCUUGGUUCAACACUAACAACUGUCUGGGAGAUCAAACUUUGGUUGAACGUCUGCAUACUGUCUUGCGUCCCUUCCUGCUCCGUAGGUUGAAGUCUGAUGUCGAAAAACGCCUGCUUCCCAAAAAAGAAACCAAGAUUUACAUCCAGCUUUCAAAAAUGCAACGUGAUUGGUACACAAAGAUUUUAAUGAAGGAUAUUGACAUUGUGAAUGGUGCUGGGCGCACUGAGAAAAUGCGUCUGCAAAAUAUCCUCAUGCAGUUGCGGAAGUGUUGCAACCACCCUUACCUCUUCGAUGGUGCUGAGCCUGGUCCACCUUAUACUACUGACUACCACUUGGUUGAAAACGCUGGUAAGAUGGUUGUUCUAGAUAAGUUACUCCCAAAACUUCAAGAAAUGGGGUCCCGUGUCCUCCUCUUCUCUCAGAUGACACGUAUGUUGGACAUCCUCGAAGAUUAUUCCGUGUGGCGUAAAUAUUCAUACUGCCGUAUUGAUGGUCAGACAGCUCACGAAGACAGACAGAGGCAGAUCGACGACUUCAAUUCACCUGACUCAGAUAAGUUCUUGUUCAUGUUGUCAACUCGCGCCGGAGGUUUGGGUAUUAACUUAGCAACUGCUGACAUUGUAAUCCUCUUUGAUUCAGAUUGGAACCCACAAAUGGAUUUACAGGCUAUGGACAGAGCCCAUCGUAUUGGUCAAAAGAAACAAGUCAAAGUCUUCCGUUUUAUUCAAGAAAAUUCCAUGGAAGUAAAGUUGGUGGAACGUGCAGAAGUCAAGUUGCGUCUUGAUAAGAUGGUUAUUCAGCAAGGUCGAUUAAUAGAUAACAAGACCAAUACCCUGGCAAAGGAUGAAAUGUUGGCUAUGAUCAGGCAUGGUGCCAAUGAAGUAUUUAAAGGAAAGGAUGAUGAGUUUACUGAUGAGGAUAUUGAUUCCAUCAUUGGUAGAGGAGAGAUCAAGACAGAAAGAACUGAACAGAAGCUGAAAGCCUUGGGAGAAUCCUCCUUGAGGCAGUUCACUCUGACUUCCUAUAAUUCAGUUUAUCAAUUUGAAGGUGAAGAUUACAGGAACAACAGAAUGGCAAUUGUUGGUAUGUGGAUCGAGCCACCAAAGAGGGAGAGAAAAGCCAACUAUGCUGUUGAUGCCUACUUCAGAGAGGCCCUCAGAGUCUCAGAACCAAAGGCCCCUAAGCCCAAUUGGAGAGGUGCGCCUCGUCCUCCUAAACAGCCUGUUGUUCAAGACUUCCAGUUCUUCCCUCCAAGGCUUUUUGAGCUCUUGGACAAAGAAAUCUACUAUUACAGAAAGACUGUCAGCUACAAGGUGCCCAAAAAUCCUGAGUACAUGGCUGAUGCUGCGGUCGUAUUCAGAAGGAAGAGCAAAGGAAAAAUUGAUGAAGCUGAGCCGGUGACAGAAGAAGAAAUGGAAGAGAGAGAUAACCUCCUCACCCAAGGGUUCCUUAACUGGAGUAAGAGAGAUUUUAACCAGUUCAUCAAAGCCAAUGAAAAGUUUGGUCGUGAUGACAUUGAAAAUAUUGCGAAGGAGGUCGAGGGCAAAACACCUGAAGAGGUGAUGGAAUACUCUGCUGUGUUCUGGGAGCGCUGCUCAGAGCUGCAAGACUGUGACCGAAUCUUGGCACAGAUAGAGAGAGGCGAGGCAAAAAUCCAGCGAAGAGCUUCCAUCAAGAAAGCCUUGGAUGCUAAGAUGGCUAGGUAUAGAGCACCUUUCCAUCAGUUGAGAAUAUCUUACGGCACCAACAAAGGAAAGAACUAUACUGAAGAAGAGGACCGGUUCUUGGUCUGUAUGCUGCAUAAGCUAGGUUUUGACAAAGAAAAUGUAUAUGAAGAGCUAAGGGCAGCUGUUAGGUCAGCUCCUCAGUUCAGAUUUGAUUGGUUCAUCAAAAGCAGAACUGCUUUGGAAACUUCAGCGUCGCUGCAACACAUUGAUACAUUGAUUGAGAGAGAAAACCAAGAGCUGGAAGAAAAGGAACGUGCUGAAGAAGCAAAGGGAAGGGAAGGCCCAAGGGAUAGCUCUUUAUAUGUAAAAUCUGGAAAGCGGGCUGCUGGUUCUCAAGAUGGCCGUGGUAGAAGAAAGAAGAAAGUAGAGUAGAAAUAUAAUAGUAUGUAUUCUUUCAUAAGGCUAAACCUGUUGCUCUAAGCAAUCUAGAACUAAAUUUACUUGGAUGUGGACCAAAAAAGUAUUUCCCAGUUUAGCUGAAUGACAUUUAUACGGACUGGUUUUUACUGGAAAGGAAACU